CACUAYCGUAGGUACGGUACCGUACAGUAGAAAGUACGAGUAGUACGAGUAGUGCGAGAACUACUGCAUCCUAAGAUCCAAAAGAAGUAUUUUUGCUCCAUUGACCAACAAUUACAUGUCACAAACCAUCACGGCUUUAUCCAUUCACCAAUACGACUUCAAUGCGGACUCCUAYAGACAUUGCGAGCUUGGCUCGCUUUAUCCUUUCCCCCGAAUGCAAAUCCAUUGUCGUUUUGACCGGUGCGGGCGUAUCGGUCGCUAGUGGCAUACCCGACUUCAGAUCUCCGGGAGGGAUGUACGACACACUGCGACCCGAGUUGCUAACCGCCAAGCCUUGGGAACAGAAACUCAUGGAACGAGAUCCCUCCAAUGUGGUAAACUGGGAUAUUUUCCAGCAAAACAGUCUUCCGUACUUGGAGGUCCGCCGACCUUUCAUAUUGGGAACACGGAAGCAGAAAUGGAAGGCUACCAUCGCCCAUCGUUUUUUCGAACUGCUCCACCUCAGGACAAGCAACAAAUUGACCCGAAUUUACACCCAAAACAUUGAUGGAUUACAAGAACAAUGCAAGGGACUUCCUGCCGAGAAGAUUGUGAAUGUUCACGGAACAAUAUCUGAAGCACAGUGUGAAGCAUGCGGAGGCAACAUGGAUUUUGAUGAUUUUUGCGACCAGGUUGAAUCUAAGAUCAAAGACAUUUAUGAUUUGGACGAGAACCAUAAAGCUCCAAGUAGAUCAACCCCGAUUAAUUGUUUAAACUGUGGGAAGCCGCAAGUAAAGCCGAAAACGGUGUUGUUUGGUCGAAGUUUGCCCGAGGAGUUCUUCGUUCGUACCGAAGAAGAUUUGCCAACGUGCGACCUUCUUCUCGUUGCCGGGACGUCGCUAGCGGUUUCGCCAGCGAAUUCUUUGGUGUACCGAGUACCAGACAAAACAGUUCGAGUAGUUGUCAACAAUGAACUUGUUGGAGAGGAAUUUGGCAUGGACUACGGUCCCAACGCUUCGCGAGACUACUUUGCGAUUGGUCAAUGCGACGAGAUUUUCUUGGAUUUGAUUCGAGAACUUGACUGGUUUGACGACCUGACUUCCAUGAUCCGCGACCUUCCUUCGAAGAGUGCCGCUUUGAUCUGCUUGUGAACACAAGAAGGUUGUCUUUUGGAACUUCCACCUCACCAGGUCCUAGUUCAACUCUUUAAAUCAUUUUGAAAUAACUUGGCUAGGUCCUGCAAUUAUGUAGAGGUACCCCCCCAAAACGAAAGAAGUUUAUUGGCGCUUGGCGAAAUUGCUUUCUGAAAAAUGUUCGACAUUGCUUGGGCUGGCCCAAACGUACACCAAACCAUGAAAGAGUAAUUACUUUGGAACGGUCUGUCCCGUAUAUAACGAGGAAAUCGAUGASAUGGCAAAUGAUUUUCAUUUAUUCAAUUAUGGCAAAAAUCUACGCAAAACGGCAUUGGAUUGAUUUGCCCGAAAGGUUGGCCUCCCCAAUUGUCUUCUGCUUCAUUUUCUGUAAAUCUUCCGGUGGAUAUCCAGCACGUAAUUCAACCAGUCUGCCUUGGGCAUCGGUUGAUUCGCUCUCUACGUAUGCGUACACCAUUGAUACCAAAUCACUUUUAAGGAACCGACGGAUGCGUGUACCAUUUUGUAAACGAAACUGGAUUCUAGCUGUAUCAGGUGUACCUUGUGGAGGUUCAUCGGUCAAAGUAACGGUUGCUUCGGGUUUUGGCGCAGAUAUUGAUUCCAAACUUGCCUUCAAAGCCAUWUCCAACAUUUCGUCCUCCGUCAACCCGUCUGUCAGAUUUUGGUUUGAAGUCGUGGAUCUACCAUCCAAUCGCAUCCCGGAGCCAACAUUGCUCCACGUGGCAGCUGUCGUCGCGUCUUUUCCUUUUCCCUUCACAAGGUCGUCUUCCUUCCACCAGUAUUCAGGCAAACCUCGUCCUCUCUGACUUUCUGUUUUACAAGCAGGAGGCAAUCCUAAGGGAACACAGAAAACUGUGUAGCCAGAAUUUUGAAAGCCUGCUAUUUCAGUCGCUAAUUUGAAAUGAGAAAUAGUUUCUGGCUGUUCUUUCAUCGAAUUUAAAUUCCAAUAUCGGCCAUUAAUCCUACGACGUGACGAAACAAGAUAGGAAUGAUGUCAGGCACCGAUAUAGCCCAUAACAUCAGCAUCAGGUAACAGAGCAAUAUUCUGAACCACUUAAAAGGCACAUUUUUUUCUUACUUGCGGAUGGCAAACCAGUGUGCAUCUUUGUUACAGAUAAAUCCCUCGAAUUUUGUUACGUCUCCAUUAUCGCUGACGCCCUCUGCAUUAACGUUUGGUAGCUCUAACUGAUACCUGUUAAAAAGAGCAGCACGCAACACUAAUGGGUUGCAUUGAAAAUGAACAAAGAUUUAACUUAGGAUUCAACGCAAUUUACGACUGGAAGUGUCUUAACCUUCAGUAAGUUCGAUUGAUAUCCUUUCACAGCGAGGUUCCACGAAAGGACUAGUCAUCGCCGUCAGCAUGCCGACUUGCAAACAACAUAACAGUAUCAUGCUGUGUACUAUUCGAGCACUCUAUGUCUUACCUUCAAUMGAGAAAUUUCCUGAUGGAUCAACAUUUGCGGAACCCUCUGCCACUCUGCUUAAAUAUUCUCUUGAGCUGUCGAACGACGUCMAGUGCGAUAUGUGGAUUGAAGUCAUCAAAAUUGCUUAGUCGUCGAUGUAAAUCGGRUAAGAAGUAACUCCAUGGUUCUAAAAAUACGGAACUCACCGUGUCCCCCCCUCAUUGUUCUGAGACAUGAAAUUUAAUUCCAUCGCGUCCAAUUCGUGAGCGAUCUGUGCUAAGAAUUCUGUCUGGAAAACAUUUGCUUGAACGAGAUUAUUCAGUGCAUGUUGUCCGCACAGGUGGGACACCUGGCGUUCGUGAUAUAUCCAAUAUUCUCCUCCGUCGCUAUUCAUCUUCAAAAUUUUGAAAUGCUCGAUAAAUUGUCUUCAUCCGUUCAGGAUAUAGAAAUGGAAAAGAAUGGAAAAUGGGGAGCUACAACAAAGAUUGGUUGCGAUUUGCUGUGGUCCUGAAUGUGGUAUGUGAGAAAGGGACGACAUGUAAUUUGAAAUUU